AUGCCCUACUCAGAGUACAGGACGAUCGAAGACUCUGAUGAAGCAUUUUGGGACGGAUAUUGGGCCAACUUCGACAAAAUCCCCCAUUGGCUCCAGGACCACCCCGCUCUCCAACAGCGGGGGAUUCAUUUGGGCCACAUGGUCAAGCCACAUGUGCUCUUCCGAACGGACAAUCCCGAACCGGAGCGUUCUUUCGUCGUAAAGCUUAUACACUCGAAGUCCAACGAACCGAACAUAUGCAGAUAUCUCCACCGCGACCCCAAAGCUGCAAACUAUAUCUUGCCGUAUGAAUUCAUUGAAGACGACAAAUGUUUCAUGAUUUCUCCUUUCAUGCACGAAGUCUUCGACCUCGUCAGGCAAACAUGGCCCUGGAGCAAAGUUCUACAGUGCUAUGACCGUUGUCUACGGUGUCUAGUCCAUCUCCAUCAACGACGGGUGGCUCAUCUCGACGUCGCAGUGGACAACGUCAUGUUCGCAAGAAAGAACCAAGUCCUGAUGGGGCAACAGAUGUUCGCUGGGCAUCCCUACUUCAUCGACUUCGAAUAUUCCCGUCAGCUUCCAUUGGGGCCAGGUCGGCAGCCUCGGAUGGAACUUCCUCCGUCUAUCAUGCCAAAACCCGGCGACGCUACACAUAUGGACCCGUACUCGUGGGACGUAUACUGCACGUGGGGGCUUUUCCUGCAGAUCAACGGGAUGACUUCUUUUGAUAACAAUCGGGUGCCUCCGCGCAUCGUUUCGCGGUACCUGGACUGGAUUAAAGGCCCCGAUAGGUGUUCAUGCCCAGCCGCAUGCCAUUGUCGUCCCAGCGCGCGCCGAGCGCUGCACGUCCUGUAUCUUGUACGCCUCGUUGUGCAUGUCGCAGAGCUGGGACAGAAGGCAUCUACGUACCUAAGCCAAUUAUGGAGAGGAAGACAGCUUUUGAAUCGGUGA